CUGCUGUGAACGCCUGCGAGAUAACGCCCCAAGCUUGUUGGUGGAUCACUUCGAACCAUCGAUUCCUACCGGACACACCGUCAAUCGCUACAUCGCGGAACCGGCACCGAGUGCCGAUCAGCAAACUCCCAGGCAGCCACGCGAUAGCGCAACCAGCGUGCGCCCCCAAUUCACUUCUGGGUUGGCAAGAGCAUAGGCAUGCAGUAGAACAGGCGGACUCUUGAUACUAGUAGACCCCCCGGACUCGUCCACACAUGCGCGACUGAAGCAAUGAUCCACGGUCGACGAGCCUCAUGAGCUCAGAUUCGGGAGAGAGCCAGGCGAGCGCUCACCAUGACGAUGCCGACGAGGUAGACCUUGGUACACCGCCCGCGGCUCUGCCUCUGGGGGCCGGUGAAGCGGUGGGGGACAAUGAGAAUGCGCCGUCCAGCCAGGGGGAGGACAUCGCAAGUGGGGGCAACGAGAUGACUUUUGCUACCAGGAGAAGGAGCGAAGGGGAACAGGAGGAUGACGACUCUGCAUCCGACCUCCCAAUGCGACAGGCGUUGCAGCGCCCACAGAGCCCCGAGUCCACCUCUACUCCGGACGAUACCCCGUCGAUCCAGGGCUCCAUGCUUUCUUCUCCCAGCAGCAGUGUCCCCGCGUCGCACAGCUCUCUGCGACCCCAUCGUCCGACCUCUCUGCAGCCUUUCGAGCGCCGCUUUUCCGCACGACUAUCACCGUCGCCAUCGGCCUCUCCACGCGCCGUGUCUAGUCCCGUCUUUCUCUCGGCACACUCGCGACAAUCAUCGGUAUCCAGCAAUUUCCUCUUUCAGCCGCAAGCAGACGGAGCGAACACGCCCCAGUCCCCGUGGGAGGUUGUGCGCUGGACCAAGCUGAAGAAGAUCACAGGCCAAGUCUUCUCCGAGGUAGGAAAGCGCAACUUUGGUCGCCCCACAUGUUUGGCAGUCGCCGCCUCCCUCGUCAUUGGGACGUCCAAGGGCUACAUCCUCGUCUUCGACUAUCAACAAGUGCUCAAAUCGAUAAUAGGACCAGGGACGAAAGCCAUCGAGUGCGGCCCUGUGACAGCGUUGGCCAUAUCUGCCGAUCAUUCAACGGUAGCUGGAGGACAUGCCACAGGGCACAUCUUCACAUGGGAGUUGAACAGACCUGCCAAACCUUUUUUGCACAUACCUCCUCUAGACCGGAACACUCUCGAUGAAAGGAAGUCAGAUGGUCACAUCUCCGGCGUUGCUAUCCUCCACAUCGGUUUCCUCGGUACUCGGCAUACAGCACUCGUUUCCGCUGACGAUGCUGGCAUGUCGUUCUCCCACCUGGCGACGCGAGGUCUAGGCGCGAUUGCGAGGACAGUGAAGAUCACGCGUGUCCUUGGCAGGUACCCAGUAUCCGACAAGUCAGCGGAAAGGCCUCGGAAACCUAGCUCCGUGCUUGCCUUCUCUCCUCUUCCGCUUGGAAACGUGGAACAACCAACAGAUACCAUGGGCUUGACCGCGCUUUUGACUCCAUACCUGCUGGUCAUCGUAUCCACCACCCCCAUUGCCCAAACGCAGCACAAGGCGUCCAGACCAAAAGAAAUUGAGCCGCAUAGUGCGCUGAGCGGAUGUCUGGCAUGGUUUCCUGCCGUGAAGCUUAAGAAUCCUUCCAAUGACCCAAACAAAGCCGUGUCGAAAACCAAACUCGUCUAUUGUUGGUCAAACAUUCUGACGGUGCUGGAAGUGGACUGUGUCGUGGCUGCGCCCAACGAGAGAGAGAAGCCGACCGAACUCACAUUCAGACCGCGCAGCAGGUGGAAAAGUGAGGAAGCGAUUGUUGCAGUUCAAUGGCUGAGCAGAUCCGUACUUGGUGUACUUACAAUAAGUCAACGCCUCAUCAUCUUAGAGGACCAUACUCUACGGCCGACCGACUCUUUUGACCUCCUACAAAAGCAGAUAUAUCACUCAGAUUUGUUCUCGCGGCAGCUUCGCCCGGUCAUUGAGCAGUUGGACGAAUCAGACACAUCCUUACACGGUGUAGUUGCGGAUGCUUUCUACAUGAGCUUUCGUGCAUACAAGGGUCGAUUGUUUCUUUUGGGAGUAAACGAUGUGUCCAUCGGCACUUUGUCAAACUGGGCCGACAGAUUGAUGGCACUCAUGGAAGAUGGUGAUUUCAUCGCUGCAAUUGGCCUUGCGACUUCCUAUUAUGUAGGCGACGCAGACAAGUUGACCGUGGGAUUACCAGAAGAUGAUAAAGCACGCCAUGCCCUGGUACAAGAAAAGCUACUGGAAAUGAUUUCGGCAUCACUCAAGUACACUUUUGCUCGGGAUGGCCGAGACACCAAGUCAAACGACAAGUCGGAGAAAGACCUCGCAGAAGAGCACGAUUUCAUGUUCGAAGAAGUAUACGAUGCUUUCGAGGAAGCUUCUGCCGAAAGCAUCUUCUUUGAAACACUGGAACCCUAUAUUCUAGACGAAGAGAUCACCGAUGUGCCGCCGAACAUACUCAAAGAUCUCAUCACGUUCUACGCAUCGGCUGGUCGCGCGACGCGCUUAGAGGAGAUGAUAUGCCGAUUGAGUACGGAUACAAUGGACAUCAACCAGGUCACUACUCUGUGUCAGCAAUAUAAUCUUUACGACGCUCUGAUCCACGUUUGGACGCAAGCGAUUGGCGACUUCAUCACACCUCUUGUCAACAUCCUAUCGCUCAUUAAGAUCAUAGAUUUCAGCAUCUUCCCAUACUUGGCAUAUACCUUUACUGGUCGUGCCUAUAGUGCGAAGAAAGACAUGUAUAGGUUCCUUUUCUCUGGAAAGAAUCUUGCUUGGCCACCUGGCUCCGGGGACAUAGUCUUGACAAGGACCGACAAAGGACCUGAGCCGCCAUUCCCAUAUUUGCAGCUGAUUCUAGAGUUCGACGCAUCCAGCUUCAUGAGCAUGCUCAACGAGGCUUUCGAAGACAGCUUUUUGAAUGGAGAGCAGGACGGAAUAAAUGGAACCCAGAUCAACGGGGCCAAGCAUAGCACAGUUCCCACCCCUACACGACAGUACAUUAUCAACAUCCUGCUUGGAAUCAUGACACCAGAGAGUUUCGAUCCGGAGGACAUUGCCUACUUUUACAUGUUCCAUAUGAUGCUUCCUGGUACAUCCCUGCACCAGAUUCUGUUAGGCCUCUGCAACUACCCGACGGAGAUCAUCAAAGAAGACUGCCAGCUUUCUGCUGAGUACCUUCUUUCCAUCUAUCACCCUCCAAACCUUCAGUCGCUCGUACCGCUCUUUGAAAAAGCUGGGUUUCACCGCGUUCUCAAAACCGUCUAUCUUGGCUCACAGCAGUACGCAAAGCUGCUCAACACCUAUCUGGACGAUACCGAGGACAAUGAAGCUGUCUUCGGCUGCAUAGCAGACUGUCUGCGGCCGAGCAAAGGCCUCACGAAGAAGCAAGUCGGCGAAGUCAAGAGCGUAAUUGUCUCUCGCGCCAAGGACGUUGUGAGGAUCGAUCCCGCUCAUCUGCUGAAGCCCGUACUCGAUGCCCUUGAAGAAGAAUCGGAUGCACAAUACCAAUACCUGAACGCUCUUAUUGAGCCAACAGACCCUACCACUGGUGAAUCGCGUACGAUUAGCGAAGAUCUCCCAUUGGGCUUCAUCGAGCAAUACGUUCAGCUUAUGUGCAACGUGCUCAAGUCUGGAGACUUGAGACUUGGCCCAGUUCUCCCUGCACUUGAGAAAAGUGGCGUUGUUGACGCGGCUGUCGUUCUCAUGGCUCGCGAUGGCCUCGUCAGAGACGCCAUGGAGCGCCUGGUGAGACAUGUCGCGUCAGAGACGCCAGAUGUGGCUAACACUGAAGAAGCGGUACACGACCUGCUUGAAGACAUCCAAAAAUAUGUUAAGGUCGGCAUCUGGCUGUGUCAAGGGCAGACCCGAUCCACAGACCGGAUGUCUCACAGUCUCAUUGACAGGCGAAAGUCGGCCUAUGGUGAGCUCCUUUGGUUAAAUCUUGUCGACGCAGUUGUCAGGUUGAUUCAAAACAUUUCUGCCGCGACCACCGACCUCCAAGCUGCUCUAGCAUCCUCAAUAACGACGACCCUGCGCUCCUCCGUUCAACAAACCUUCUCCGCAUUAUUGGCCUCUACUACCGUACCCGCGAAACGACAAACACAAUCAACGUCCCAAUCACAUCCAAGCAGGCCCCCUCUCACGACCCGCCGCUCCCAGCCCCAGUCCAACCCAUCCUUCCUCCGCAUCCUACGCACCUUCCUCACUCGAGCGUCCACCACUUCGCCUUCACUAUCACAUCUCCGCUCCGUCCUUGCGGAAAUCUUCUCAGCCUACACAUUCGAAGAAACAAUCCUCAGCCUUGCAAACCGCUUCCUUGACAAAGAAGGCUUCGAGCACGUUCGCGAGAUCAACGAACUACGUCAGCGCGGAUGGCGCCCGCGCAGACAGGUGUGCGAGGGGUGUCGUAAGCGUGCAUGGGGUCCCGGUGCUGGAGGCACGAUUUGGGACGCGUGGGAGCGGAGCGAGAAUGAUAGGCUAUUGAGGCGAAUUGAGAGUGUGGCCGAGGAGAACGGGGCGAAGGGGAAAGGGAAGAGCGCAAGGGUUGAUGUUGACGAGGGAGGGAUCGGUGCUGGGGGGAGUGGUGCUCUGGUGGUGUUUGCAUGUAGGCAUGUGUGGCAUAGAGGGUGGGAUCAGUGGAAAGCUCAUGUUGUGCACGGGCCUCGUAUGAAAGCACUGCGCCGGCGCGUCGCUUUUGCGUAUCCUUUGUGGAGACACCGGGGAUCUUGA